UAGUAUAAAAGGCGGUGCUUGCAAAGUCCGGAGUGAAAAUCCGAAGCGAGCGCAGUAGUAGGAUCCGGUCCUGCGCCUCAGGGAUCGGCGACCAGGUUAGGAGCGCGGCACAGAGACGGCGGCAGCGUUGGAAGAGGUGCAGGCUCACUUUACAGAAGGGAGAGGAAUGCUAACUUGCCUAUGGCCCUAGCGCUGGUAACCCGCAGAGCUCCGAAUCCUCCGGAUAACGUCCCCGCUGUAAUCCACCUAGUGCUUUCCGCCAGGCCCAGCUGCCACUCGGAGGCGCAGGUUUCGGUUUCCUCUUCACUUAGGCCGCCCAACUAGCUUGAAAACAAAGUCCGCGAUCCUCCAGCCGGCAAGAGAGCUCCGGGAUUCAGACCCUGGGCGCGAGGCUCCGCAAGUGGCGGGGCGGCGCUCUCGCAUUCCUCCUCCCGGGCAGGGGCCUGGGCAGGGGGAGGAGGCAGCGCGAGCAGUCCACGCCCUCCUGCCAGGCGCGCUCAACGCGGACGGCGGACAGCGAACCAGCUCCCGGAGCGCUGCAAGGUCCGCGGGCCCACAGCAGGGCUCCGGAGCGCUGCCGGCCAGGCGGGUCCGAGGGAGCGCGGCGGGACUCGGUUGGACGGCGCGGCCACGGAGACGGGCGCGGGUACAGCUCUGACAGGGGGAGAAAAGAGGUACCGCUUUGGGCAUUCUGAGCAUUCAGAAUGGAACCAGACAUAUCCUUGAAUGCCAUUAAGAUGAAAUCCAGUGACUUCCUGGAGAGGGCAGAACUGGACAGCGGAGGCUUCGGGAAGGUGUCUCUGUGUUUUCACAGAAACCAGGGACUCGUGAUCAUGAAAACAGUGUACACGGGGCCCAAAUGUACCGAGCACAAUGAGGCCCUCCUGGAGGAGGCGAAGAUGAUGAACAGACUGAGACACAGCCGGGUGGUGAAGCUCCUAGGCGUCAUCAUAGAGGAAGGGAACUACUCCCUGGUGAUGGAGUACAUGGAGAAGGGUAACCUGAUGCACGUGCUGAAAGCCGAGGUGAGUACUCCGCUUUCCGUAAAAGGAAGGAUAAUUGUGGAAAUCAUUGAAGGAAUGUGCUACUUACAUGGAAAAGGCGUGAUACACAAGGACCUGAAGCCUGAAAAUAUCCUUGUUGAUGAUGACUUCCACAUUAAGAUCGCAGACCUCGGCCUUGCUUCCUUCAAGACAUGGAGCAAACUGUCUAAAGAGGAGCACAAUGAGCUGAGGGAGGUGGACAGUACCUCCAAGAAGAACGGUGGCACCCUCUACUACAUGGCUCCUGAGCACCUGAACGACGUCAACGCGAGGCCCACAGAGAAGUCGGAUGUGUACAGCUUUGCCAUAGUACUUUGGGUGAUAUUUGCAAAUAAGGAGCCAUAUGAAAAUGCUAUCUGUGAGCAGCAAUUGAUAAUGUGCAUAAAAUCUGGCAACAGGCCAGAUGUGGAUGACAUCAUUGAGUACUGCCCAAGGGAAAUUAUCAGCCUCAUGAAGCUCUGCUGGGAAGCGAAUCUGGAAGUUCGGCCAACAUUUCCUGGCAUUGAAGAAAAAUUUAGGCCUUUUUAUUUAAGUCAAUUGGAAGAAAGGGUAGAAGAGGACGUGAAGAGUUUAAAGAAAGAGUAUUCAAAUGAAAAUGCAGUUGUGAAAAGAAUGCAGUCUCUUCAACUUGAUUGUGUGGCAUUACCUCCUAGCAGGUCAAAUUCAGCCACAGAGCAGCCUGGUUCACUGCACAGUUCCCAGGGAUUUGGGGUUGGUCCUGUGGAGGAGUCCUGGUUUGCUCCCUCCCUGGAGCACCAGCAGGAAGAGAAUGUGCCCAGCCUGCAGAAUAAGCUUCAGGAGGAAACCAACUACCAUCUUUAUGGCAGCCGCAUGGACAGGCAGACGAAACAGCAGCCCAGACAGAAUGUGGCUUACAACAGAGAGGAGGAAAGGAGACGAAGGGUCUCCCAUGACCCUUUUGCACAUCAAAGACCUCGUGAAAAUUUUCAGAAUACAGAGGGAAAAGGCAUUGCUUCUUCUGGUGCAACCAGUCCUGGUAAUGCAGUGUACCAGCCCUCAGGGCUCGCUAGCCAAGUUCAAGUACCAUAUCAGAACAAUGCAUUAUAUGGCUUAAGUGGCUUUGGAACAAGACCACUGGAUCGAGGAACAGCAGGUCCCAGAGUUUGGUAUGGGCCAAUUCCAAGUCAUCUGCCUAGUCAGUAUAAAAGCCCAGUGCCUGAGACCAACUUUCUAGGAAACACACCCACCAUGCCCUUCAGCUCCUUGCCACCACCAGAAGAAUCUAUAAAAUGUACCAUAUUCAACAGUAGGGGUAUUCAGAUUGGAGCCUACAAUUAUAUGGAGGUUGGUGGAAUGAGUUCAUCACUAUCAGACAGCACAAAUGUGAACUUUAAAGAAGAGCCAGCUUCUAAGUACCAAGAUAUCUUUGAUAAUACCACUAGUCUGACUGAUAAACACCUGGACCCAAUCAGGGAAAAUCUGGGAAAACAGUGGAAAAACUGUGCCCGUAAACUGGGCUUCACACAAUCUCAGAUUGAUGAAAUUGACCAUGACUAUGAGCGAGAUGGACUAAAAGAAAAGGUUUACCAGAUGCUUCAAAAGUGGCUGAUGAGGGAAGGCGUUAAGGGGGCCACAGUGGGGAAGCUGGCCCAGGCACUCCACCGGUGUUCCAGGAUCGACCUUCUGAACCGCUUGGUCUACGUCAGCCAGAACUAACCCUGGACGGGCUAUGGCAGCUCAAGCGACUCCUUACUUAGUGAAUUGCUGGAGACCCCAAGAAUGUGGGGCGUGACCAACUCAGUAUCCCUCUGGAGGCUAUAUGAGUAAACAGCAAACUGUCCUCAUGAAACCAGGAUGUCAGCGGCCAGAAGGAAAGUUGAGGGCAGUUGCGCCCCUGGUCCCGUGCUCCUUGAGGCUAUCUGUGCUCCUUGAGGUUAUCUACCUAAAUAUCUGUAACCUGUGGAAGAAAGGAAGCAGUACCUGUAAUAAAUCAAGUUCACCGCCUCCUCCCUAUUCACCGUACUUAAACACAAAGGGCUGUAAAAGCUCAGGGCUUUUGUUCACUAGAAGCAAAGAGCCCCCGACCCCUUCUUUCAAAUAGAACCUUUUGUCUUUGUCUUCAAUUCCUAAGUUGGCUGCCUCAGAGCAUUCAGAAUUGUCCUCACUGAUAGGGGUUCUGUGUCCACAGAAAUAUUGUUUCCUAUAUUUCAUAGCUGGAGAAUGGGGAAAGAAAUCGGGAGCAAAAGGGUCUCACUCUGUUGCCCAGACUGGUCCCAAACUCCUGGACUCAAGUG